UAUCUAAACUUGAUCGCGGUAUCGAAUCAAUUCAUUCAAUUGACCAUCGCAGAGCUCGUGUCAGUAUUUGUAGCUCUUAAUUGGUGACAAAAAUGUUCAAAUUUACGAUACUGUUCGUAGUUCUCGUGGCUGGUUGCUUGAUGCUGUUGAAUGACAUCGAAGCUGCUAGUAUAAAGACAAAAAAUAAGUCGCGAGGAAAAUCAAAGACCCAAAAUAGGUUCAUUUAUCCCAAACAUGGUCCAAACCCACCCGCACCCCCUCGAAACGCGCCGAACUCGUAUAUGAGGCAAAAAGUUGAUCAAUUUGGCACUGAAUUGGCCAAUAGUGUGGCUCGAGAAGUUGGCAGUCAAGCGGUCGAAGCUGCCGCCGAUGCCAUAAGGUCACCGUCGUGUUCCGAUGGCAGUUGCUCGGGACAGCCCGCCGCCGACGGUCAACAGCCGCAAGUCCUUCCAGCGCAAAUGAUGAAUUCACAGCAGAGAUAGGAUUUCUUUGACGAAAGAAUCGAAGAAUCGUUGCCUAAUAUUUUUAGUAUUUAAUGCAUGUAAGAUUAAGUUCAUAGCUCGUACAUUUGUUUUCCAAAUGUAUGCGGCACACGAAAGAAAUAAUUGCAUGAAAAACUAAUCAUCGAAUAUCAA